CUUCUUCCUGCCUGAGCCAAUCAGCCACCGUGUUGUUGUUUCUCAGCUACUAGUGGGUUUGUUUGGUUUUAAAGAGCUGUUUGGUGAUCGGGAAAGACACGAACGCCCCAAAAAAUGAGGAUCGUUCACAAAUAAGGUGGUGUGAGUACCAGCCAGCCCCGAGUUUAGGUCAGAGGUCAUGGAGGUUCGUGUUGGAAGCGUGGUGUUCAGCUCCAGGUUUGACUCUGGAAACCUGGGCCGCGUGGAGAAGGUUGACUCCUUCCCCUCCGACGCCGCCUGUCCCACUUCCACAACCCUUAGCAGCACCCCCGACUACGAGUUUAAUGUCUGGACGCGCCCUGACUGUGCCGGGACAGAACACGAGAAUGGAAACAGGUCCUGGUUCUACUUCAGUGUGCGUGGUGCUUUGCCGGGACGACUGCUGAAGGUCAAUGUAAUGAAUAUGAACAAACAGAGUAAACUGUACAACCAGGGAAUGGCUCCUCUAGUCAAGACUGUACCUGGUAGGACACGCUGGGAGAGAGUACGGGACAGACCCACAUACGAGAUGGUGGAUAAUCAGUUCAUCCUGUCGUUUACCCAUCGUCUGUUGGAAGUGAAAGGAGCGACCACGUUCUUCUCCUUUAGUUUCCCCUUCUCCUACAGCGAGAGUCAAGACCUGCUGACACAACUGGACCAGAGAUACCCUGACACAGCCACGCUCACUCCCAGGUGUGGUGACAGUGUAUACUUCCACAGGGAGGUGUUGUGUCACUCUCUGGAUGGUAACAGAGUGGAUCUGCUGACGGUCACCAGCUGUCUCGGCAUGCAGGAAGAGAGAGAACACCGCCUGGACAAACUGUUUCCUGAUGCAGAGACCCCACGACCUCAUCGCUUCACUGGCAAACAGGUGUUUUUCCUCAGUAGUCGUGUGCACCCGGGGGAGACGCCGUCGUCGUUUGUCUUUAAGGGCUUUUUAAACUUCAUCCUGCGUCAUGACGACCCCAGAGCUCACACACUCCGCAACAUGUUUGUCUUCAAACUCAUCCCCAUGCUGAACCCGGACGGGGUGGUACGCGGACACUACAGGACUGACUCUAGAGGGGUGAAUCUGAACAGACAGUAUCUGAACCCUAGUCCUGAUCUCCACCCCUCCAUCUACGCUGCUAAAACACUGCUGCUCUACCACCACACACACAACCGCACCACACACACACACUCCAACAUGCACAUCAACACACACUCUAACACACACACCUACAACCCACCUCAAGCACCUCCCCUCAGCACCAAACCCACCAAUCAGAGCCCUGCCCCACACCUCACCCCUUUGGAACUCAGCCUCAACCAACGGAACGCUGAUAAAGACUCUAACCCCGCCCCCUCAGAGAUUGCCAUGGUUAUGGAGGAGAUCGCCUGGGUAACCAUGGAGACCGGGAAGAGGGAGGGGCAGGGGGAUGGAAGAUGCUGUGAAGACGAGAAUGAUUCGCAGAGCGUCUCAGAGUCCACGCCCACAUCAGUACCUCUGGAGAUGUCAGUCAUAGCUGGGGAACCAAUCCCUGCGCAGGAGGGGGGAGUGGCCUAUUACGUGGACCUGCAUGGCCACGCUUCCAAACGCGGCUGCUUCAUGUACGGCAACAGCCUAUCAGACGAAAACCAGCAGGUGGAGAACAUGCUGUACCCUAAACUGAUAGCUGUGAACUCCGCCCACUUUGACUUCCAUGGUUGUAACUUCUCCGAGAAGAACAUGUACGCCCGCGACAAGAGAGACGGUCAGAGCAAAGAGGGCAGUGGACGCGUGGCCAUGCACAAAGCUAUAGGACUACUACACAGCUAUACGUUGGAGUGCAACUACAACACGGGGAGGACAGUCAACACCAUCCCUCCUGCCUGCCAUGACAACGGACGAGCCACACCCCCUCCCCCUCCCGCAUUCCCCCAAAUAUACCCCGAGAUAUUCGAACAGGUGGGGCGUGCGGUUGCCAUAGCAGCCCUGGACAUGGCUGACUGCAACCCGUGGCCACGCCUCGUCCUUUCAGAACACAGCAGCUUGACCAACCUCCGCGCCUGGACUCUCAAACACGUCCGCAACAGCAAGGGCCUCAACACACACGCACAGCCACGGACACACACCAGCGGGAACAAGGCGUCACCACCCAAGAGCUUCAAUACGUCUCUGACCAGUUCUGCAUCAGACACGUCUCUGAGUCAUGUUCGUUGUAACAGGCACAGCAGUAGCAGCCAGACACCGUCUCCUCAGAUACACACCUCGCCGAGCCUCACCUUCGGUUCCACGCACAACACACACACACAACGCGGGGGGAGCAAGGCACUCGGACCUGUCCGGGACGCUAAAACUCAGGAGAAGAGACGCCCCCCCCACCACCACCGCUCCGUCCUCCGGUCGUCUCCUAGCAACAGCCACCCCACCCCAGCCCGGCCCCCGUCAUCCCCCACCUCCUCCUCUUCCUCCUCCUCGUCCUCCUCGGUGGCGACCUGUCCUCUCCCAGGCUACAGCUGUCCAGACGUGCUGGGGGUGGUGGGGAGGAGAGAGUUCCCUAUCCGGCCGGGACGACCAAACACACAGGCUGCUGGAAAAGAGGAACCUCUGAACAUCCUGUCCUCAAUCAAGUACACCAGGUGUGAGCUGCAGCCUCGGGCCAGCCGUAUUCCCAUUAGGAGGGCGGAGUCAACCACAGACACUCCCACUGCUGGCCUUAACCCCGCCUCCUCUGGCAGAUGGGAGGAGUCAACUACCAUGAGGGUCUGGAGACUCCUGAAACCUGGCCUCCGCAGACACCUAGGUGUGUCGGAGAAGGAGGUUCCUUCGUUGCGUCUUGUUUCCAGAGCCCUGCUGAAGAACACGGACAGGAGUUCCCUCUACACACAUUCUAGUACUGAAGAAACCACAGAGCCACAAGUUUGUGAGGAGAAGACCGGGUUCGAGGCUGAGGCAGUGUCUGUGUGUGAAACAGCACCCCUGUGUGGAGAGGCAUGAUAACUACACAUUCCCAACCAGGACAGUGGGGACUGGAUCCAGACUGACACACACUUCCCUCUGAGAGACCAGGCACCUGUUAGCACCACAACACCUUUUAGACAGAACUAUUUUAUUAAAUCUUUUUAACUGUGUGAUUCUUAUACGUGUGUGUGUGUGUGUGUGUGUGUUGAAAUACUGCAGUGUAUAUUGUGUAAUGUAAAGCUUCUUGUGUGUUAGCUGCUGUAAAAUCCUCUGCAUGACCUGUAGGUAUAAUAAUCUGAAUAUAUCAUGUUUUUAAUGACCUGUAGGUAUAAUAAUCUGAAUAUAUCAUGUAUUUAAUGAUUGAAAGCCUUCCCCUCUCAGAGCAUUCCUAUAAAGGCUCCCGUAUAUAGUGCUCUACUUUGGAGCAGGGCCCUAUAUAGUGCUCUACUUUGGAGCAGGGCCCUAUAUAGUGCUCUACUUUGGAGCAGGGUCCAUAGGUGUCUAUCUAGUCAAUACUUUGCCAUUUGGAACGAACAUUAGUCCACCACACUGAUGUACAACAGCUACAAUGAGAUAAUGAGAUAAAAUCUCAGGGCCACCCUUGAGAUAAAAUCAAAUCACAUUUUAUUGGUCACAUACACAUAUUUAUCAGAUGUUAUUGGACACAUACACAUAUUUAUGAGAUGUUAUUGCUAGUGUUGCAAAAUGCUUGAUUAAACCAGAGUGGUGUGUAAUGAUA